AUGGCAGAUCUAGAGGCCAACAAGGAGAUUCUAGAUUUGAACAAUCAACUCCGUUCAGGCCAGAAGCCCAGCGGUGGUGGCGGACAUGAUAGUCCUGUCUCGGAGCUGGACAGCGCUGCGCAGGAAAAGAAUAUGGAACAAGCAUCGAUUUUCCACCAGCUAGGGCUUCUAGAUCGCUUUUUGGCAGUAUGGAUUUUCCUUGCUAUGCUGAUUGGUAUUCUGCUGGGAAAUUUUGUUCCUAGUACGGGGCCAGCGUUGCAGAGGGGGAAAUUCGUAGGAGUCUCUGUGCCGAUCGCCGUCGGUCUCCUGGUGAUGAUGUUCCCCAUUUUAUGCAAAGUGCGAUACGAAGCACUGCAUCACACGCUUCGCCAGAAAGCGCUCUGGGUUCAGAUUGGGUUCAGUUUGAUCGUCAAUUGGAUCAUCGCGCCUCUCUUCAUGUUGGCACUAUCCUGGGCUUUCCUGCCAGAUGAGAAAGGUCUGCGAGAAGGCUUGAUCUUGGUUGGAAUUGCAAGAUGUAUUGCAAUGGUGCUUAUAUGGACGGGGCUUGCAGGGGGUGACAACGAGUAUUGUGCCAUUCUUGUGGCUAUCAACUCGGUCUUGCAAAUGGUGCUCUUCGCACCCAUUGCCAUCUUGUUCAUUGGCGUCAUCAGUGACGACGAUAUUCACUUGGAAUACUCGCUUGCUGCGAAAAGCGUGGGCGUGUUCCUCGGCAUUCCGCUUGGCGCUGCAAUCUUGACGCGAUUUGGACUGCGCACUCUAAUUGGAGGAGAGCGGUAUGAGAAAAGAUUUCUCAAGUGGAUCAGCCCUCUAUCCCUCAUCGGAUUGCUCUUCACGAUUAUCGUCCUUUUCGCGUCCCAGGGCCAGCAUGUGGUACACCAGAUUGUCUCCGUUGUCCGAGUGGCCGCACCCUUGGUUGUAUACUUUGCUGUGAUCUUCAUGGCAACGCUGCUGGUGACGCGGCGUUGUGGCUUCGGAUAUGAGUUGUCGUGCACCCAGAGUUUCACAGCGGCAAGUAACAAUUUUGAGCUGGCAAUCGCGGUGGCAAUUGCAACUUUCGGCGUGGACAGCGAUCAAGCACUAGCCGCCACUGUCGGUCCUCUCGUCGAGGUCCCAGUGUUGCUGGGAUUGGUGUAUGCCGUCAAGUGGUACGGCAAGCGCAAUAGAUGGUAG